AUGAAAAAUAAAAAACAGAUAUUUGAAGCUAUUGAAGAGUUUAUCUAGAGUGAUCCUACUUAACUCUAAAUUUCAUAUCAUAGCGGAAGAACAAACUCUUAACCUAGAUUAAAUAAACUUAUAUAAACAUAUGGUUUUAAAAAAGUAGAUGCAACUUGGGAAUGUAUGUAGAAUAUAGCAGGACUUCAAUUUAGUGGCUCAAGAAUUGGAGAUUUAGGAGAAGUAUUUCACUAAACUUUUAACUCUAAGCUUUCCUUAUUUGUCUAAAAUGGAUCUUCAAUGGGGAAUCAAGUUAUUGCCCUAGCAUUAGCUCACAAAAAGGUGCUAAUAUAAGCUAAUUCUCAUGUAUCUGUCUAUACUGGAUUAUCACUGUCAAAUGCUGAGAUUGUUUUGCUUGAACCUGAAUUUAAUUAAGAAUAUGGUAUUCAUAUGGCAGUGACAGCUGAUUAAAUUUAAUAAGCAAUUUAAUAGCACCCAGAUAUUUAUGCUGUAUUACUAACUUCUCCAAGUUAUGAAGGAUUAUUUGCUGAUUAUUAAAAAAUCCGAGAUGUGAUUGGAUCUAGAUACUUGAUAGUGGAUGAAGCUCAUGGUGCUAUACAUUACUUUAAUAAAUCAGACAAACGAACAGCUCUGUCUUCUGGUGCCGAUAUUACUGUAAGUAGCAUGCAUAAAUCUCUAGGAAGCUUAGUUGCUACUUCCUUAAUUAAUGUUGCAGCUGAUUCUAAAUUUCCUACUAAAAAAAUUCUGGAUGCUUAUUAUACAUUUGCAACAACGAGCCCUAAUAUACUUUUAUUAGCAUCAGUCUAUGAUGCUAUCCUUGAACUGAGUGAAAAUGGAGAGGAGUAUCUUCAAAACGCUAUUUAAAGAAAUAACUAAUUUAGAAAUGAAAUAGAAAAAUUAGAUAAUAUAAUAAUAGACUCUUUUGACAGAAGUUAGAAAGAUCAACUAAAGACUAUUUUUGGCAUUAAAAACGUUCAUGGAUAUCAACUAGCUAAAAUAUUGUAAGACAAAUAUAAUAUUUGGGUAGAGAAGUACAAUUCAAUAAGUGUAAUAGUAACUAUUCAUAUUAACACAGAGGAUGCUGACAUAGAAAAAUUAAUAAAAGCUGUUAGAGAAAUUUCUAAAAAGUAUGAACAUAAAACUUAGUAUGAUCAAAGUAUCAAUUAAGAAUUAAUUUAUGUUCAAUUGACAAAGAAAAGAAAAAUUUUAACACCUUUAACAAAAGUUAUGUCUUCAGAUAAAGAAGAGAGAAAAAUAUAAGAUUGCAUUGGCAGAAUAAGUGGUAAUUUAUAAUACUCCUGUCCCCCAGGAUAUCCUGUUCUAACAUUUGGUGAAGAAAUUAGAAAAGAGCAUGUAGAGAUUCUUGGCUAGAAUUUCCUAGUUGAAGUUUUGAUUGAAGAUUAUUGA